GUCGCAUUUCUGUUGUCCUUUCGCACUUCCCUCCUGGUUGGCUGUAGCCAUGCCGUCGGGGGAGAACUGCGAUGGGAUCAAGGGGAAUGCCAACGGGAAUGGCAAGGAGGGCGUGGAGGUGAUUUGCGUGGGCCUCAUGCGCACGGGGCUGCAGAGUCUGCACCGGGCCUUCAAGAUUUUAAACUACGACAACGUCUACGACCAGGAGCAGAUCUCGAGCACCUUCGAGCUGUGGAGCGAGGUGAUCCAGAACCGGGACGCGGAGAAGGCCUUCCAGACCAUGUUCGGCAACGCCCAGGUGGUCAUGGGCAUGCCGACCUUCUGCUUCUGGGAAGACAUCCUGAAGCUCUACCCCAACGCCAAGGUUAUCCUCACGGUGCGAAGCGAGGAUGGGUGGUGGAACUCGGUGUCCAAGGCCAAGAUCGCGAUGGACCGGGACGUGCCUGGGGCGCCCUUGCGCUACGGCACCAUCCGCCGGACGCUGGAGAAGUGGCUGGUGCCCUCCUACCACAAGUUCUGCGAGGUGCUGCGCUUUGCCUGGGGCACCACGCUGGGCGCCACGGGGCUCCAGAUCGACGCCCUCAACGAGUCCACGACCAGAAAGAGCUUCCGGCAGCACAACUCCUACGUGCAAUCAGUGCUGGAGGGCAAGACAGUCAGGGGCGGCGAGCCGCAGCUCUUAGUCUUCGACGUGCGGGAGGGCUGGGCGCCGCUCUGCGCCUUCCUCAAGAAGUCGGUGCCCUUGAGGACCUUCCCAAAGCAGGAGGACCUCUACGACCUCUACUACCCCUCUGGCUGGCAGCGCCCCCAGUGGCUGGACCGCGUCACCGGCUUCGACGAGCUCUUCGCGCCGGAUACCGAGUUCGGCACCCGGAUGCGGCAAGAGCUGCUGCGAGGCCUGAUCUUCGCGCUGGCGGCGCUCACAGGGCUGGUGCUGGUGGUACUCAUGGCGGCGGCGACGCUGGUGGAUCUGCCUGUCACGCUGAUCGUGCUCAUCUACGUGGCCUUGGUCAUUGUGGGGUGGGACGCCUACGUGGUGAUGCACACCUUGGUGCUGCGGGUGCCCUUGCUCAUGGUGGUGCCUUUGGCGUUGCAGUCUUUGCUCAUCGCCGCGGCCCUGCACGCCUGUUUCAUCUCCUAUGGAAUCUUCAAGGAGAAGCUGGUCACGCAGGACCAGGUGGCCUCGGUGGUGCUGGUGCUCUCCGCCAGGACCAUGUCCGUGAUCUGCAGCGGCGUGGCCAUGCUCGUCACCAAGCGGAGCCUGCGCCUGGACGCGCCGCUGCUGUCGAUGAGCGCCUUCGCCUUCACCAACGAGCUCUCUACCUUCGCGGGCUACGAGAUGCUGAAGUACGUGUCCUUCCCGGUGCAGGUUAUGGCCAAGUCAGUGAAGAUGCUGCCAAACAUGAUGAUGGGCAGGAUCGUGAACGGCACGAGGUAUUCCUUGUUCCAGUACGGCCAAGCCGUUGCGGCCCUGGUCUGCGUGGCCAUCAUGCACUUCUCGGAUGAGGCGCCGGAGGCUGGGCCCAAGAACGCCACCGGCCAGCCGAUGAGUGAGAACUGGAAGCUCUUCAUGGGCGUGGCCAUGCUGGGCGUCUUCUUCGCCGGCGACUCCUUCACCUCCCAGUGGCAGACCAACUUGUACACCAGGUACCCCGAGCUGACCCAGCUGCAGAUGAUGCUGGGAGGGAACUUCCUGGGCCUUGUCUUCACCUCCGGGAACUUGUACUACAACUGGGCCAAGAUCCGGCAGUCCCUGGAUGUUGCCAUGGACAACCCGGAGGUGCUUUGGCGGAUCGUGGCCUUAGGCGUGGUCUCCGCCUUGGGGCAGUUCUGCAUCUACUCGGCCAUCCGGAUCCUGGGCUCGCUCUCCUUUACCUGGAUCAUGACAGCAAGGCAGCUGCUGUCGGUGCUCAUUUCCCUCAUCUUCUUCGGGCACGGCUUCAGCCUGGUGAAGCUGCUGUGCAUCCUGACCGUCUUCGCCAUCAUGAGCUGGAAGCAGCUCUCCAAGAUCCCGGAGAAGCUGCGGCGCAAGGUCUCCAAGCCCCAAGUGGAGGAUGCGACGCCGAGCACGCCCUUCAUGCAGUCACAGCCCAAGAAGCAGCAGUGACGUAGUUCGGGACCCGGGACCCCAACUGAUUUCCCUU